AUGAAUACCCAGGAAACGGAACGUGAAAGACGCGAUGCAACUGAGGAUGAAGUCAACAUCCUACCCCAUGUAGUGGACUCGAUCCCGUUCAUUGUUUGGAUAGCGCUUGUAGCCGGUACAUCGGAAAGAUUCACAUUCUACGCCGUCUCUGCACCAUGGAAGAACUACAUCCAAAAUGAUCGCGACAGUACCGCUGUCCCCGGAGUUCUAGGUCUCGGUCAAAGAACUGCGACCAAUAUCUCAAGCGCCUUCUUUUUCUUCUCGUUCUUGGCCCCUGCCGUUCGCUAUCCUUUCGGACGUGAUCAAUACACAACCUCGGCUCCACAGUUGGUCGUCACGAAGAGAGGCGAGAGGGUCAUCGCCGACCGCACGUUGACCCUGCAAUACAUAUACAAUAUUUUCUACUGGCUCACCAAUAUUGGAAGUCUCUCUUUGAUUGCCUCGACCUUCUUGGAGAAAGAAGUUGGCUUUUGGGCCGCUUACCUCCUGCCAUUGUGUUCUGUCAGGGUUUCAAUCCAUUUGCUAUUAUUUAGGCAGAGAUCAUAUGUCAAAAUCACACCACAGGGAAAUGUUUUGCCUCAGGCAGCCAAGGUUCUUGCAUACUCCGCCCGAGAACGAUUUCGCCUCGAGGCGGCAAAACCGGCAUUCCAAGCGGAGAAAUAUGGCCGAUCCGUCCCUUGGGUUAAUCAGUUUGUCUCGGAGAUCAAAAGGGGUCUCGUAGCCUGCAAAGUCAUGGCUUGCUUUGUACCUUUUUACCUAUGCAUGAACCAAAUUACCAACAAUCUUGUCUCGCAAGCAGGUCAGAUGCAGCUAGGCGCAAUUCCCAAUGACACGAUUCAAGCUCUCACCCCAAUCGCUUAUGUUCUGCUCGGCCCAAUCAUCCAAAAGCUUCUCUACCCCGGUCUUCAAAAUCAGGGGAUCGCAUUCGGAACACCCAACAAUAUCAGCGUCUGGGCGCAAGCCCCUGUCUACUUCCUGCCUGCAUUUGCCGAGACCUUGGGAUUCACCACCCUGUCUGAAUACAGUUACUCGAAAGCGCCUAAAGACAUGCGCAGCCUAGUGCAGGCCCUGCGACAGGUUACCGUUGGGGUCGGAUCCGCUUUGGGGAUAGCUCUCUCAGCAGUGGCAGUGGAUCCGAAGGUGAUGUACAUGUAUACGGGAUUGGCGGCGACAAUGAUUGUCGUUGCUCCGGGUUUCUGGGCGGCCUUUAGGCGUUACGACAGGAUUGACGAUGAGUUGAAUGGUAUUGGGUUAAUACAGCCAGAUGAACGUGACGAGAUGGAAGAGACUACGUCUAAUACGCGUCCACGAGAAGCGUAUUUUCAAGGUCACUCCAUCUGA